AGUAAAUCACACUGUUUAAGAAAGAAAGCUCAAAGAAGAUGAGCCACUUUUGCGGCUUCCACAACCUCGUGGUGUUGUUCAUCUUCUUCACCGCAGCGUCGACAUUUGAUGCCGCCCAAGAAAACCUGUUGUUCGAAUUGUCCAGCCGAGAAGACUUGGUGCAAAUUGCUGGAUAUGGGGAGGAGAAGCUUUCCACCGUGCUAGUCACCGGUUCAAUCCACUGCGAGGCGUGCCUGCAUGGUGAACCUCAACUUCGUGCCUGGCCCGUAUCAGGUGCUUUGGUGGCCGUUAAAUGCCAUAACCAUGGGAAGAAUAGUAGAUCAAGAUGGGCACAACAAGGUGUCACUGAUGAAUUCGGAGAUUUCGUUGUGGAUCUUCCUUCCCAACUCCAUGCCGUCCCCAACUUGGAAAAAACAUGUUCCAUUACAGUUCUUCGAGUACCAAAUAACUCACCCUGUCGGCCAGCUCAUGUCAGGAAACAAAAGGGACUGAGACUGUCAUCAGUUGGGAACAGCAUUCGUAUUUACAAUGCCGGAAGGAUAAAGUUCCUGCAUAUGACUUCUAGACCUUUGGAAGCAUGCAUGAAGAGGAGGAGGAGUGGUGGCAAAGAGAUGCUGUGGUAGACAUUUUGUUGAUGAGCAGAUAGGCAUAUAUAUACAGCACCAUGGCUCAUUUGGAUGGCGCUUCAGUCACAGCAUUGAGUUAAAAGGGUACCAUCCCGUUCAACCUGUCAGCUGCAGAGAUGCUGAUGCAUGGGUAAAAAUGAGAGUAAUAACAUAUACAGCAUGUGUGUAAAUAAUAGUAUGUUCUCAUAAUGAGAAAUACCAUAUAUUAGAGUUACUCCACAAAAGAAAUGCAAAUUAUUGAAUUGUAGUGUCAUAAGAGAAUUACUUCAGAACAAA